CUUUGGAACCAGUUCCAGUGAUCGAACAGGUGUUGAGAUUGAGACAAGCGAAAACAAGGGAGCAGUAUUCAACAGGUGUAUACUUUCCAGAAUACGAGAUGAACGUAUUCACAGCUAUUAUACCGUUGAUGCUAUCGAUUGGCGCAUUCGCCAAUCCUUCAUUUCGGUUCGAAGACGGAAUAGUGGACUCCAGAUGUCCUGUAUAUGAUAAUUCCAUGAAUCCGGUACACUUGCCGCAUGCCACUGAUUGCGGAAAAUUUUAUAAAUGCUUCAGCGGGCGUGCUUUUAUGAUCUCUUGUCCCCCUGGGCAAGAGUUCGGUGCUGCCAUUCAACGCUGCGAUUAUCCUGCAUUUGCUAUGUGUCGUUCUGGUCUGGCAGAGCCAGAGCCCGCUGAAUUUAAGUUCGAUAAUGGUAUAGUCGACCCCAAAUGUCCUAUAAAUGACAAUCCGAUGAAACCAGUUCACUUGCCACAUCCUACGAGUUGCCAGAAGUUUAUGAAAUGUUUCAGCGGAAAGAAAUUCGAGAUCCAAUGCCCACCCGGCCAGGAAUGGGCGAAUGAAUUGAAUCGAUGUGAUUUCCCGUCCAUAGCCAAGUGUUCACUUUCUCAACCAUUCCUUGCUGAAAAUGAGGGAGAGCGUGAGAACGAAGCUGAUAUGUCCGGGAAUGAUUCAGAAAAUAUUGAAAUACUCCCCGUGAAGGCCGAGUUCAAUUAUAAUACCGGAGUCCCGGAUGUUCGUUGCCCUCGGAUAGACGAUCCGUUCCGUCCUAUUCAUUUGGCCCAUCCCACCAACUGUGGAAAGUUCCAAAAGUGUUUCGAUGGACGAGCCUAUGUUCUUGACUGCCCUCCCGGGCAAGAGUUUGGUGUAAAACUCAAUCGCUGUGAUUUCCCACCGUUUGCCCAAUGUUCGUUGCACAAGAGGAAAAAUCUAUCCAAGAGUUUAGGGAAAGCUUUCGAUUACUACUACUAUAGCGACGAAGAUGAUAUACCUCUAGAAUCUUCGGAGUGGACAGAAGAACAACGGGAAACCAUUGCCGGUGUGAGCGAUAUCCGUUGCCCGAAAAUAGACGACAUCGACAAUCCUAUUCACCUGACCCAUCCCAAGGACUGCAGCAAAUUCUACAAAUGCUACGACGGUCGUGCCUACCUUAUCCAGUGUCCUCCCGGACAACAGUGGAGUGUACGAUUUGAUCGAUGUGAUCACCCCAAGGUUGCGAAAUGUACCAUUCGUCCAUAGGUUAUGCCACGACGAGAAAAUUGUUGUGUUAUUUGUUAUUUGUAAACAUCCUCUUGUUGCUGUUUGAAAACGAAUAAACCAA